UAGGGCCUGGAUGGGCUGUUUGACAGAGAAAAGAAAAAAAAAGGGAGGGGGGAGGAGUGGACACCUUUGACACCUGGCAGUGACUCAGGUAUGUCACCUCGUGAGAAAUGCUUCGAGCCGUCUCCUCAACCAGACUCAUAAUCAACACCAACAAAGAACACAGCAGGCUUCAAAACCAGAGGAUGACGAUUGCUCUAAUGAAGGAAAACGAAACAGAGGGUAAUACUGAGCCUGUUCCUCGCCCAGGGUCAACGUUUCUCUCCAAACAUCAAUGCAGCGACAGCAACAACAACAUGGCCGACUCCUCAGAUGUAACUGACACGACACAAAACGCUUCGAGUUCUGAAAGUAACGAAGACCAAUCAGAGCAGAGGGGGCUUCCUCCUGUCCGUCCUCCUCCCAGGCCUCCGGCUCCCAGCGCAGAAGCUGUUAAAAGAAACAGUCUUUAUGGGAGAUCAAACCCAGCUUUGAAGCCAUCUGAGUCCUCUGCAAACAUCAGGACAAUGACGCCGGCUGCCAGCGGCUCAGUGGAAAGCUUUUCAUCCAUCUUCGAAGACCUGGAUGAAAUGGAGUCAAUUUUAAUGGAAGGAAACCAAUCGGAUGUUAAUGUUCAGCCUGUUUCUCGCCCGAGUGAUGGCAACAAUAACACGGUCGUCUCCUCAGAUUUAACUGACCCAACAGAAAAUGCUUCGAGUUCUGAAAGAAAUGAGGAUCAACCAGAGCAGAGGGGGCUUCCUCCUGUCCGUCCUCCUCCCAGACCUCCAGCUCCCAGUGCAGAAGCUGUUACAAGAAACAGUCUUUAUAGAUCAAACCCGGCUGUGAAGGCUGCUCUAAUGGAAGAAAAAGCAUCUCUUUCUCAAGUGAGAGAUGGCAACACCGACACGGCCGACUCCUCAGAUUUAACCGACGCCACAGAAAAUGAUUCGAGUCCUGAAAGAAAUCAGCACCAGGCAGAGCAGAGGGGGCUUCAUCCUGUCCGUCCUCCUCCCAGACCUCCAGCUCCCAGUGUAGAGGCUGUUAAAAGAAACAGUUUUUACGGAGGAUCAAAUCCAUCUGUGAAGCCGUCUGAGCUCUCUGGAACCAGCAGGACAACAACGCUGACUGCCAACAGCUCAGAGGAAAGCUUUUCCUUCAUCUACAAAGAUCUGGAUGAAACGGGGCCUAUUGUAAUGGAUGAAAACCAAGUAGAAGUUCACGCGCCGUCUGUUCCUCAUCCGAGUGACAGCAACAACAACAUGGCGGACUCCUCAGAUAAAACUGUCACUACAGAAAACGCCACGAGCUCUGAAAGUAAUGAGGAUCAGCCGGAGCAGAGGGGGCUUCCUCCUGUCCGUCCUCCUCCCAGACCUCCAGCUCCCAGCACAGAAGCUGUUAAAAGAAACAGUGUUUAUGGGAGAUCAAACCCGGCUGUGAAGCCUGCAGCUCUCUCUUCUGUGAAACUACCUCCCCGUCGCCCGUCUCGCCCUCUCCCUCCUCAGCGCCCCCCUCUCCCGCCUCUGUAUUGUGACAGACUGCGACCAGAAACAGCCCCAGAUCCUGAGGACGACACAGAUGCACCUCAACAAAGCAGGUCUUCUUCUACCAGCUCCAUGGAACAGGCUCCUGAACAUUCACAUGUUUAUGAAGAUACACUGGAUUUUGCUGAGGCUUACAGUGGAAAUGCCAGUCCAGCAGUCGUGCCUGCUCUGCAGCAGUCGGACCUCUUCGACUCUCCCUUGGCGUGUGAACUCUCGCCUCAACAGAACAACAGACCGCCGACGCCGCCUUCGUUCAGCCCACUGACACUGUUACCUUCAGCGGACGAGGACUCACUGCACAACGAGGCCGAGUCACCGAUCUACGUGGAAAUACUCCCGGAUGAGUCAGAGGAGAUGCACAUCACUUCCCUGCUGAGAUGGCUGAGAAAAAUGUCAAAAACAGACUGCAUGGCUCCAUCACUGUAUGGCCUCAGCAUAGAUGAAGAAAUGAGAUCAUUUCACAAGAGAGCUGUGAACGUGACGAAGGCCCUGCGUCUUUACAACCACCUCAUGAUAAAGCGCAAAGACAACUUGAAGAACAUCCUCACAGAGUUCAAGGCCAUCUGUGGCACCCUGGACAAGAUCCAGAAGAAGAACAGAACCAUGAGCAUUGCUGGAGGCACCACGGGCGCCGUCGGAGGGAUGACCGCAGUGAUGGGCAUCGCCUUGGCUCCUGCAACCAUUGGCGCCUCUCUAGUUGCGACGCUCGUUGGCGCCGGCAUGGUGGCGUCCGCUGGCGCCAUGGGCGCCCAUGCAGCGAAAGCCAACAAGAAGAUUGUGGACAGAGUGACCGUUGAGAAACUCCUGUACGACUACAAGGCGAACAUCAUUGACCUGGAGCUGUGUCUGCACUUCAUCCUUGUCGGGAUGAACGAGCUGCGAAGACACGACGUCGCCAGGCUGCACCGGGCGGGAGCCGAACCCGAGGCCGUGAAGAUGGCGCAUCGGUCCGAGGCCGUGUACCGCUACAACACCAAAAACUCCAGGGCCACGUCCACGCCGAACACAUCGGAGAAACUGCUUCUCGCCUUUGUCAAGGAGAUGGAUCAAUAUUUCUCAGAACGGGACGUGACGCUGAGGAAGUCGACCAAGAGCAAGUUUUCGGGAAGAGUUUGCCUGCUGGCUGAAAAUCUACAGGAUGAACUGGAUUACCUGAAUGACAUGUGGGGAAUAUUUUCCAGCUGACUCAAAGCGCUCUGGGUGUGUGUGUGUGUGUGACAGAGAGAGAGAGAGAGAGAGAGAGAGAGGUGUGUGUGUGUGUGUGUGUGUGUGUGUGUGUGUGUGUGUGUGUGUGUGUGUGUGUGUGUGAGAGAGAGAGCGAGAGAGAGAGAGAGAGAGAGGUGUGAGUGUGUGUGAGUGAGAGAGAGAGAGAGAGAGAGAGAGAUUUUCUCUUUUUCAACAUUUUUGACACACCCUUCCCUUCAAUGAGUAAAUAAAUUCUUAUUUAUCUGUGAUGUUAACUUUAUAUAACUGUAUAUUACAGUAUUCACGGUUACAGUUCUCCUGCCACCUAUGAUUUUAAUACAAAUAAAUUAUUGGAAAUCGUU